CAUCCUGAGGUUAGCAUCACACUUCUCCCAGUGGAGCCCAUGACUUCUGAUCAGGACGCUAAGGUUGUGGCUGAACCGCAGACGCAGAGAGUCCAGGAGGGCAAGGACAGUGCUCAUCUGAUGAACGGUCCUAUAUCUCAAACCACUUCUCAGACAAGUUCCAUUCCACCUUUGAGUCAGGUACCAGCAACUAAGGUUUCAGAGCUGAACCCUAAUGCAGAAGUGUGGGGGGCUCCUGUGUUACGUCUGGAAGCAAGCAGUGCUGCCGACGGUGUGAGUGCCGCAUGGGAGGAGGCGGCUGGCCACCACGCAGACCGUGGCCCACAGGGAUCGGAUGCCAGUGGUGAUGGUGACCAGAGCCAUGAGAAUGCAGCAUUGUCAGACCCGCAGGAGUCGGACCCAGCAGACAUGAACGCGCUCGCUCUGGGUCCCUCGGAAUACGACUCUCUGCCUGAAAAUAGCGAGACAGGAGGAAAUGAGUCUCAACCAGAAAGCCAGGAAGACCCCCGGGAAGUACUUAAAAAAACAUUGGAAUUCUGCUUAUCUAGGGAGAACCUUGCUAGUGACAUGUAUCUUAUAUCACAGAUGGACAGUGACCAGUAUGUGCCAAUCACAACGGUGGCUAACCUCGACCACAUCAAGAAGCUCAGCACUGAUGUGGACUUGAUUGUGGAAGUGCUAAGAUCUUUACCUUUAGUCCAAGUGGAUGAAAAGGGAGAGAAAGUAAGGCCAAAUCAGAAUCGCUGCAUAGUAAUAUUGCGUGAAAUACCUGAAUCUACCCCUGUGGAAGAAGUAGAAGCACUAUUUAAAGGAGAUAAUUUACCAAAAUUUAUAAACUGUGAAUUUGCAUAUAAUGAUAAUUGGUUUAUUACAUUUGAAACAGAAGCUGAUGCACAACAGGCUUACAAAUACCUUCGAGAAGAAGUCAAAACUUUUCAAGGAAAACCAAUUAAGGCGCGGAUAAAAGCAAAGGCAAUAGCUAUAAACACAUUUUUGCCAAAGAAUGGAUUUAGACCCCUGGACGUGAACCUGUAUGCCCAGCAGCGCUACGCGACAUCGUUCUACUUCCCUCCCAUGUACAGCCCCCAGCAGCAGUUCCCCCUGUACAGCCUGAUCACGCCCCAGACGUGGUCAGCAACGCACAGCUAUCUUGACCCACCCCUGGUAACUCCAUUUCCAAAUACUGGAUUUAUAAAUGGGUUUACGUCUCCAACGUUCAAGCCUGCGGCGUCUCCUCUGACUUCUCUCAGACAGUAUCCUCCUCGAAGCAGGAAUCCUAGUAAAUCUCAUCUGCGGCAUGCAAUUCCUAGUGCGGAGAGAGGACCUGGGUUAUUAGAAAGUCCUUCAAUAUUUAACUUCACUGCAGAUCGAUUAAUUAAUGGUGUCCGGAGUCCACAAACAAGGCAAGCAGGUCAAACUAGAACACGGAUACAAAACCCUUCAGCAUAUGCCAAGAGAGAGGCUGGGCCUGGGCGCGUGGAGCCAGGCAGUCUUGAAUCUUCUCCUGGUUUAGGGAGGGGAAGGAAGAAUUCCUUUGGCUACCGGAAGAAAAGGGAGGAGAAGUUUACAAGCAGCCAGACACAGUCUCCGACGCCACCAAAGCCUCCGUCGCCAAGCUUCGAGCUGGGGCUGUCCAACUUCCCUCCAUUACCUGGAGCUGCGGGCAAUUUGAAGACAGAGGACUUGUUUGAAAACAGGCUAUCUAGCUUGAUAAUAGGACCAUCCAAAGAAAGGACCCUCAGUGCAGAUGCAAGUGUGAACACCCUUCCGGUAGUGGUCUCCAGAGAGCCCUCGGUGCCGGCUUCUUGUGCUGUAUCAGCAACGUACGAGCGAUCCCCCUCCCCAGCUCAUUUACCUGAUGAUCCCAAGGUGGCGGAGAAACAGAGGGAAGCCCACAGUGUGGACAGACUUCCUCCCGCCCUCACUGCGACCGCAUGUAAAUCGGUGCAGGUGAACGGAGCCGCCACGGAACUGCGAAAGCCCAGCUACGCAGAGAUUUGUCAGAGAACAAGUAAAGAGCCUCCUUCUUCCCCAUUGCAACCCCAAAAAGAACAGAAGCCAAACACUGUUGUUGGUUGUGGGAAGGAGGAAAAGAAGCUGGCAGAGCCCGCGGAGAGAUACCGGGAGCCCCCAGCCCUCAAGUCCACACCUGGAGCCCCCAGAGACCAGAGGCGGCCGGCCGGGGGCCGGCCCUCGCCCUCGGCCAUGGGGAAGCGUCUCAGCCGAGAGCAGAGCACUCCCCCCAAGUCUCCUCAGUGAAAACCGUACGUCUGGGAGGGGCCGCAGAGCGCUGUGUUAACCACAGACGACACUCAGUGCGAGGGCGAGCCGCUGGUUAGGAGCUUGCAGUGUCUGAGGCCUGUGGGAUCCUCGAGUUGGUUUUCUUCUGUGAGUUGGAUUCUCCCCCUCUUGAAAAAAAAUCGAUUUUUCAGGAUUUAAUUAAUACAAACCUUAUUUUAGGUUGGUGCUUAACUGGAGGUGAUGCAUAAGUCUGAUUUUUUUUUUUUCCAAGAUAGAAAAAGCAUUUAUCCUAACAAAUUGGUAUUUUUUAUUAAGCCUCCAUGUGGCUCUGAAUGCAAGCUAUAUAUAGUGAGUUUUUCUAAAUUAAGGGAACUCUGCUACUUUUUUUUUUUUUUAGUAACUGGUCUGCAAGUGCAUAUCUCUAGAAUGUCCCCGCAGAUGAAUGAGGGCCAGUGGCCUUGGCAGAGGCAGGUGUGGCCUCGUAGAGGCAGUGCUGGCCGCGCCAGGGCAACAGCGCUGAUGUGGGAGCUGUGCUUCUACCUAAGCCGUUGGUAGGGGACUCUGGCAUUUAAGAAUGUAGAGAGCGCGUCCUUUUUGAUCUCCUGGGCAGAGUGAACCUGCAGGGGCCACCCCAGUGAGACCUGAAACCUUGGUUCUGAUGCACUGCAAGCAAGUAACCAGCUUCUCACUCCAGUUUCAAGUGGCUAUUAUGUAAUAUAAAUUGAAAGCACAUUGUGAAUAGAACCUAAAUGAAAACAUACACUUGGUUGCCCACUGACAUGUUACCAGAAGUUGUACCAUGAUGUUGUUUUGACCCCUGUGAGCUGACGGCCCCAGCCCUGCUCUGUGCACAUUUCUGUCCGUGUUCCCCAGCACUCUGGUUGGAGAGAGUCCACAUCUUCAGCUCCGUGUGGACAUCUUCCCGUACCUCUGCAUCAGCACAUGGAUUUCAGAGUUACGUAAUCGUGAGAGAAUGGUGUUUGUGGUUUUCCCCCUCUUUGGCUGGUGGAGGAUAAAGUUCCUGCUCUUUUACCUCCAAGACGAGGGCCUCAUUGAUUCACUUCCAGAAGUGCUGCACUUCUGAAGAACAAGGAUGCACUAAAGGUAGCAAGUUUAUAAUAAAGUUAAAUAUAAAUUAUUUUGUUUUAAAAUGCCUCAAAUUUUUCUUUAAGUAUUCUAAGCAGCAAACAUUAAAAUAAGAAUAUUUCCUGCUAAAUGUAACCAUACACUUUAUUCCACAAAAUGUUAUUUAACAAGACUGAGGGUUUUUUUUAAGAAAAAAAUUAUUUCCAUCCAAUAUUUAAAGACUUGAAUUUUAUUUAAACUUGAAAAUGACUUUGCCUUAACUUUUGUAUAAGACAGCUUAGAGUCCAUGGAGCCCGGCCCUGGGUUGGCGUGAGUGGGUCAGUUACUCAGUUACUGUGUGGAUCUCCUGUCGCUGGUUUUACUGAGUAAGCGUAGUGUAGUACAAGAGCUAGCAGUAGUUUUUGUAAUAUACCUUAAAGAUCUUCAACAGUUGAUCUUUUUUCAGAAUGUUGGGAAAUCCUGUAAAUGCAAAUAGUCAAUACUGUAUUAAAUACGUGCACUCGGAGUGUGCUUCGCUUGUACAGUUGUAAAUAAUCAGAACAUAUGAAAAAGGUACCUACAGAGAAAAUUCUGAUACAAAUUAUUGAUAUAUUAUAAAUGUUGCUGUUGAGCUGGAUGUAGAUAAACGAAAUGUUGUGGUUUGAAUAUUAUUUUGAUUUGUUGAGAUUUUCUUUUUUCUCUUACAUCGGUGUGUUGAGCUGAUUCUGCCUCUUUGCUGCAAAAGGGAAUUGGAAACUCUUAUUAAAAGCCUCCAGAUGUUUUCAUACUCUUUUAAAAUGUAUGUAAAUGCAUACUAAUCAUAUCUAACGUGAAAGAGUUUUAAAGUAUGUAGAGAGCAAAAACUGGCAGGAUCAUAAGUGGAGGUGAAAAGUAAUCUGAUUAAAAUCACUUGCAGCUAAGCAUGAUUUACCUGCCAGAGGAAAACAUGCCUGGCAUUUUUGACCAUUUCCUUUAAAACAGUUGCUAUUAUUCAAAUACAGAGAAACAGCCACAGGGCUAGUGUUUUUCAAAUGCAUUUUAAAGAAACAUGGGGAUUUAUUUUUUUGUAGUUGUCAGUUCACUGACCAAAAAAAAAAGAAAAAAAAAUCAGAAAUAAUUGAUCGCUGAAACCCAAACUCUCAAUAUUCUAAAAGCUGGGAGGCAACCCCAAGGCCUGGCCUACGAGGUGCAUCUUCGCUACAGAAGGACCAGGGGCGCCAUCAGCCAUUCCCAAAUCACAAGGCCUGCGCCUCCGCCAGUGAGUCCUUGGUUUUUAAUAAUGAGAAGUCCUUUCCCCCAAGGUGUGAGCAUUGCAGCGCAGUGUGUGUGUGUGGUUCGAGCCAGCUUAGUCCUUCACUUUGUUUGUCGGCUGAAGUGUGAGCUCAACAGCUGCGUGAAGAGGGCAGCGCGUGCGGUAGCCAGUCGCCACUGGAGGGCUCUGCUGCCAUCCGGUCAAUACACUGUAGUUACUGCCUAGCCAGCAGCAGUCUUUUGCAUCAAGAGCAGAAACCUUGCUCGGAUGCGAUUUUUAUAGCAUCCUUUUUAAUUAAACAAAGGUGAAACACAGAUAGCUAUAUAAUGUCCAGAAACCCCUGAUACUAUUUUGAAAGUGUCCACUCAGAAGAAAAUGAGAGUUACCAUAAUGGGAAGCUGUGGUGGUCCACGCCGACUGGGCUGUGUCACAUACAGCGAUGAGAGUGGCUUUCAUGCUUUUUUUUUAAGUUAACACCCUCCUUUACCCCCAGCAGUAUCUCAGGUUAUAGAAUCAGAGAUGCAGCAGCGACAAAUGGCAUUUUAACUUGUAAAAUCGUGUGAUGAUGCUUAUCAUUUUGAAAUAGAAGAAUAAAAACCUGGCCCCGUUUCACCAGACAUGAAUUUCAAGUGGAGUCGUCGUUCUCUGAGAGCGAGUGUCUUGACAUUUCCACCCAGGCCCUCCUGUCAUCACAUCACCGGCUGUCAGUGGCGGGUGGCAGUAAACGUCCUGCGUUGCUGUAUUAGGAUCUCUGCAGUUCAGGCUUAACAACCAGUUCAGUGUAUCCGGGCGACGGGUAGCGGUGGUGCAUGCCUGUCUGCGUGCCCCGCUGGCGAGCUGUAGUUGUGACUUGCGUGCCUCGCGGCCCCCUACCGGGCUGCAGACAAUCGAGGCGAGGGCACUGGCUGCCGGCAGUCCACAGUGGGGGCCACGUGGAACGCUCCUUGAGGGUUUCGUUUUGUUCUGCUUCUUUUCAUUAAGACUGGAAUCAAGCUUACAUGUAAACUAUUGGUAAUUUAAGUUUCCUUUGGUGUCAUUCAGUGUAAAACUGUCUAAUUUGAAAAAAAAAAAUGUAGGUUAUGAAAAUAAAGAUUUAGGCACUGUUCAA